AGGCAGAACACUUCAGUGAGCAGUUAGUUGCUUGAUUUCUUUGGUCAAACACUGACUUACAUAGUACUGUCUGAAAAUAGGCGCAGCUUAGAGAGAGACUGAAUUGUAAGUCUUCUGAAUCUGUUUUCCUGCACCUUCAAAUCUUAAGUGUGAAGACCAGCAGAAACAGACACAAAGACUUGAAGUUGUCUUUCCUGACCUAAGAUGGAAAAUAGUACCACUACCAUUUCUCGAGAGGAGCUUGAAGAACUACAAGAAGCAUUUAAUAAAAUAGAUAUUGACAACAGUGGAUAUGUGAGUGACUAUGAACUUCAGGACCUAUUUAAGGAAGCAAGCCUUCCUCUUCCUGGCUAUAAAGUGCGCGAGAUCGUGGAGAAAAUUCUAGCAGUUGCUGACAACAAUAAAGAUGGCAAAAUCAGUUUUGAAGAAUUCGUGUCACUAAUGCAAGAGCUUAAAAGCAAAGAUAUCAGCAAAACAUUCCGAAAAAUAAUUAACAAGAGGGAAGGAAUCACUGCUAUUGGAGGAACUUCAUCCAUUUCCAGUGAGGGCACACAGCAUUCUUACUCAGAGGAAGAAAAAGUGGCUUUUGUUAACUGGAUUAACAAAGCCCUAGAAAAUGACCCUGACUGUAAGCAUCUUUUGCCCAUGAAUCCCAAUGAUGGCAGUCUUUUCAGAUCACUUGCAGAUGGCAUCCUUCUUUGCAAAAUGAUCAACUUAUCUGAACCAGAUACAAUUGAUGAAAGAGCCAUUAAUAAGAAAAAGCUUACUCCUUUUACUGUUUCUGAAAAUUUAAACCUAGCCCUGAAUUCUGCCUCAGCCAUUGGUUGUACAGUGGUCAACAUUGGUGCACAGGAUCUUAAAGAAGGAAAGCCUCACUUGGUCUUAGGUCUUCUCUGGCAGAUCAUCAAAGUUGGUCUUUUUGCUGAUAUUGAAAUUUCUAGGAAUGAAGCUUUGAUUGCAUUGCUCAGUGAAGGUGAAGAACUAGAAGAACUGAUGAAGCUUUCUCCUGAGGAAUUAUUGCUACGAUGGGUGAACUACCAUCUGACCAACGCAGGAUGGCCUACCAUCAGCAACUUCAGCCAGGACAUUAAGGAUUCAAGAGCCUACUUUCAUCUGCUCAAUCAGAUUGCCCCUAAAAGUGACCGGGAAGAUGGACCUGCUAUUGACAUUGACCUUUCAGGAUUUAAUGAGAAAAAUGACCUAAAGCGUGCUGAAUUCAUGCUUCAAGAAGCAGACAAACUAGGCUGCAGACAGUUUGUUACUCCAGCAGAUGUGGUUUCAGGCAAUCCUAAACUUAAUUUAGCCUUUGUAGCUAAUCUUUUUAACACAUACCCAUGCCUACACAAGCCUAAUAAUAAUGACAUCGAUAUUAAUUUAUUGGAAGGAGAGAGCAAAGAAGAGAGGACAUUUCGAAACUGGAUGAAUUCCUUGGGAGUCAAUCCAUAUAUUAAUCAUUUGUAUGGUGACCUUGAAGAUGCUUUAGUGAUCUUUCAGCUCUAUGAAAUGAUUCGAGUGCCAGUGAACUGGAGCCAGGUCAACAAACCUCCUUAUCCUGCUCUUGGAGGGAACAUGAAGAAGAUUGAGAACUGUAACUAUGCUGUAGAGCUUGGAAAGAAUAAAGCCAAAUUCUCCUUGGUUGGCAUUGCUGGGCAGGACCUAAAUGAAGGAAAUUCAACACUUACUCUGGCACUGGUAUGGCAACUGAUGAGAAGGUAUACAUUGAAUGUGUUAUCAGAUCUUGGAGAUGGUGAAAAAGUAAAUGAUGAAAUUAUUAUUAAAUGGGUCAAUCAGACUCUUAAAAAUGCAAACAAAAGUACUUCUAUUUCCAGCUUCAAGGAUAAAUCUAUUAGCACAAGUUUACCUGUCCUAGAUUUAAUAGAUGCCAUUGUACCAAAUGCAGUUCGUCAAGAAAUGAUCAAGAGAGAAAACCUUUCUGAUGAAGACAAACUGAACAAUGCUAAAUACGCCAUUUCAGUUGCUCGGAAGAUUGGUGCCCGGAUAUACGCAUUACCUGAUGAUCUUGUAGAAGUAAAACCAAAGAUGGUUAUGACAGUGUUUGCAUGCUUAAUGGGAAAAGGAUUGAAUAGAAUAAAAUAAUGAAACUAGUGUGAUCUGCCACAUGAAACACACUGAAUGCCUCACAGUUUACAGAAUUCUGAAAUGUAGUGGGUAUAAAAUCAGAAUAUUUGUAUGCUCAAAACAGUUAUAUAUUCCUUAAUUUAAUAUCUUGUUCAUAUUAGAAUUUGUCAACUUUUGGGGGCAACAUAGUUAAAUUUACUAAUCAAUGCUGGAUAAUAGAAUAUGUUCAUUAUCAAGAUGAUAUUUCAUGAUUAAAUUAUUUUGUUCCCUGAAGUCUUAUUAAAAAAUAAUUCAUUCUUUUUCAUGGUUCAAAAAUGAGCAAUACAAAAACAUUUUGCAGGUUUUGCUAUAAAAUAUGUUUUGAUUAUUUUUUGGUGUGUUAAUUUUUGUCAGAAUUGUUUUCAAAGUCUAAUCCUUUUGUUUUCUCCCUCAAACUGUAUAUGUGGUCUAAAACUUUCUGUAAAUUCUGUACUAUCUCAAAUCUUAAAGUGACAAGUAUUGUUCAUUAACAUUAAACUCUUUUAUAUAUGAGAACUAAUUCUUGAAUGGACAUCAAAGUUCACUGUCUUAUAUAAGUAGCAAGAACUUUUUACUUAAAACUUAAUUUUAACUGCAUUGCUAAUUUACAUAUCCUACUUUGGCAAUACAGCUUUACUUAUGAUAUAUAGCAUAUACUGUGUGUUGAUAAGAUAUCAGAGAAGAGUGUGUGUGUGUGUGUAUGUGUUACACCUGAGUUACCCAGGUUUUCUUAAAUGUUUAAUUGGUCAGUCAGCCAAACUUUUAUUUAUUGUGGCCCUAAAAUGUGUGGUAACACUUUUCAGUUUUUGGAUAUCUGAUUCAUGAAGAUUUCACAAGUAUUCAUUAUGAAUGUGCUGAUAGUUAUUUUUCAAUUGACUCCUUCCAGAUACUUGUAGCCAAACACUGGCUGGAACAUCCCAAAUCAUGGUGACAUUUUUCUGUUAGCUUUCUAUUAUUACACUUGCUAGUUUAGGUCUAUAAUGAAAACUAUAUACACUAUAUAUAUGUUACAAUGCCCAUUGAAUAUCUUUAGUAAAAAGCAACUUAGCUGGUAGUCACAUACAGUAAUUUCAUAUUUUUCUUUUAUAGUUGCCUGUGAACUGGCAAUGUUUGUUUAAUGCUUGUGUUCUUAGGAACUACUAAAGUAUGACAUCUUUUUUUUUCUGAAUUUUUAACAGACCAAUUUUGCUGCUCACAAUUGAAUCCAGAAAAGCAUUUCAUCUGUCUUUCACUGUUAAUGCCAGUAAUACUUUUAUGCCACAAAAAUGCUAUCACUUGACCUCAGUGUGAAUCAAUAGUCUAAAUUCUCCUUAUACUAUUGAUUAAAACAUAGUCAGAGAGUACUCAAUGCAUUUAGAUUCAGAUUUUUAAAGUGAAGUGACCAACAGGUGGAAUUUUGAAAUAUAUAUUCUUCUACAAAAGAGCUUGCUUUCUCUUUUAUAUUUUGAUGAUUGUUUCCUUAUAUGAAGAUGAAAGUUUGUCCUUUUAUGAAAUUAUUUAAAUCAUGCUUCCUUCUUUAGUUUUCUUUUCCAUCAUUGGAUUUACUAUCUGAUUUACAUGAAAUUUGGCACUUUAGGGUGUUGGUUUUUCUCACAAAGUAUAUUUAAUAAAAAACGCUCUGUAUGUA